AUGGCACAAACUCACACAACUCAGUGUAAGGUAGAUCAUUACUAUAAGUUAGAGAAGAAAUAUGUGGAAAUGAAGCGACUCUUAAUAGAGAAGACAGAAGAAUUGAAAAGAAGAGAUAAAAUAAUAGCAUUAUUAGAAAACGAGAUUGAUGACAAAGAUGCAACAAUAAGAUAUUUGAAAAAUGAAAUCGACAAGUACAGACAAGUUGUUAAACCGUUAACUAGACAGAUGUUAGAUAUACAAAGGAACGGAAUGGAUAUGGAAGAAGAACGUCAUGGAAAAACACAUGGUAAUGAGAAUACACGGAUUCUACCUCUCGGAGAACCUAGACUUAAGAGGACUGCUAUAUCUGCUGAACCUUUGUCUUCAUUAUCUCAAGACAACGAAAUGAAACUGGUCAAAAUACCUAAAACACAUAUAUCCCGGGAGCUUAUAAAGGGUGCUAUUCUGGACAACGACUUCAUGAAGAACCUGGAGAUGACGCAGAUCAGAGAGAUCGUCGACUGCAUGUAUCCAGUCGAAUAUGCCGCCGGCAGCCUCAUCAUCAAAGAGGGCGAUGUGGGCAGCAUAGUAUAUGUUAUGGAAGGUCUUAAAAGGGCAGUCUAUCAUUCUGAU